ACUCUGUAGUGAGGUUAGAGGUCAUUAAACAAAACAUGGCGGCUCCCAGUAAGGCUACCGUGGUGCUGAAGGCUGUGAAGAAAAUUACCGUUCAGUUUUGUCCGUUUGAGUCCAACGUCCGGUCCACACGGGAGUUUCUGGCUCUAGUGGGCUCAGAGAAGGCCCGAAGUACCAACAUGAACUGUGAGGUCAUACCGGUGGUGAAACAUGACAAGUCUGAACCGGUAGUGGAUAUUACUUAUAUAGAUGGAGAGAAGCUGCUGAUGAAGGGAGCAAAUUUGACCGGCAGUGAGAUGCUGAAUGCCUUUCAAUCCCGCUGCAUCGCCAAGGACCUGCAGGCAAAAGCUGGAGAGAAAAAAUAACCAUGUGCUCGGCUGAUGCAUCUGUACUGAAUUUAUUUGUAUUUAUCUGUGAAUAUUCUUGAACAUGUACAGUAAAUCUAUUUCAUUUCA